AUGUUUAGAAUUUUAAUUCCCGCCAACCUCCACUUCCGGCUGUCUUGUUAUUCUUUGGCAUUACGGUUUCCUGCCUUUCUAGAUGUGCCAUUGAUCAACUCUUAUACGAUGGCUGAGAGACCUGAAGAUCUAAAUUUGCCCAAUGCAGUCAUCACAAGAAUUAUCAAAGAGGCAAUUCCUGAUGGAGUUAAUGUUUCAAAAGAGGCCCGUUUAGCGAUUUCAAAAGCAGCUAGUGUUUUUGUACUAUAUGCUACCUCGUGUUCCAAUAAUUUUGCCUUAAGAUCUAAACGAAAAACUAUCAAUGCUCAAGAUGUUCUGUCUGCUAUGCAAGACAUGGAGUUUGACCAGUUUCUGGAUCCCUUGAAAUUUUGUCUUGAAUCAUUCCGCCGAGAGCAACAAGGAAAGAAAGAAGCUUCAGAAAAAAGAAAGAAAGCUAAAGAAGAAACAAUUGUGAUAGAUUGUGAUGAGGAGGAUGAAGACGAAGAUGAUGAUGAUGACGAUGAAGAUGAGGAAGAGGAAGAGGAAGAAAAUGAUGUUGAUAGUAUGGAUGGAAAUGAAGUUUAUUCAAAAGAUGAAGAUUAUGUUGAAUCAGAUGAAUAA